AUGAGCCUUAACCUUCCCAACCCUAGUCUACUAGGUAUCCUCCUAGUGAUAUCAACGCACAGUGGACCUCAAUUGGCUUAUAAGUACCCAACAAACUUAAGUUCAAGCCGAGGAGGCAAGCACAACACAGGACCCAAACGUCAGGACAAAGAUCAUCAAACAACAAAUGACAGUAUAAACAAGUCUGGCGACAACGAGAAACAGGAUGUUGCCGAGUACUACGACGAAGACGAUGAGCUAUACGAAUAUAGAGAUGACGAAGACGAUGCUGAGGAUGAAAACAUUGACCAUUUGGUUGGUGAUAUUGGCGAUGAUGAUCGAAGUUUGUAUGGAAUUGAUGCAAAAGUAUGGGAUGUUGAUGAUUUAAACUACUAUAUGGGCACUAAAUUGGACCUCAAGAGAUUUUUGGAUUUGCAGGAUGAGAGGAGGAAGCAGCGGCUUUGGUCAAAGACAGAUCAGAAGAGGUCAGAUAAUCUGCACACGAGAGUUGUGGAUGGCGGAGCCAAUUUGAAACAAAUUGGUUCAAAAACAAGCAUUGCUUAUAGCCAACAUAGCCAACAUAGUUCAACAUCAAAUUCAAACGUUCCAAACAGCUACGUCACUAUCAAUGACGACAUUAUGGGUAUAGAUCCUUCGUACUUGUGUGAAAUGUUGGCCCCACCCACUGCAAUGUGCAAUGCCAGGUUUGAAAUGACAAUUGAGGGGAAAACUUUCUUGGGAUUACCAAUACACAAUAGUAUAGAUGGAGGAUGGAAAAAGAGGCCUAGACCAAAUGGUAAACAGGCUCAACAGAAAAAGAGUGGCAGGUCACGGUCAAAUAGUAGACCCGUUGAUCCUCACGCCGACACUCACGAGUUGGCCAAUUAUAACGAGCCUGAAACUGAAAAUGGUGAUUUGAAAAGUAAUUUAAACAUGUUUCAUUUGGUGUUCAUCAUGAACCCACCUGCUAUGGAAUUCAAUUAUCGAAUUGAUGAAAUGUUUCAUCAUGUCAUUUCGAAAUUGUCAUUGAUUCUCCGGCGUGCUCAAUUGAAGCAUGACUAUAUUGGACAAGAAGUAAAACAAAUUGUUGCAUUGCGAGAGGAAAUCAAAGAUGAAAACAGUUUGGCAGAUAUGUCAUCCUUGUGCAAAUUGAUUCGUGAUUGUUUUGUUGCCAUUAGUUCAUCAAAAGUUGCCAAUUUGACAAUCAAUGGGAAAUUGAAAUCUUUUCAAAUACCAGUCAAGACUGAAUUCCAUUCGCUACCUGAUAUAUCUGUACCCUGCAUUCCUGGAUCGUAUUUAUCAUCAACUGUCAAUACUUUAAGCAAUCUUGGAUUGAUCAAUGUUGGCGAAUCGUCUCGAUUUGGACAAAAGAAUGAAGCAUUCAAACCGUUACAAGAAGAUGAUGAUUCAGAUGAAGUAGUAAUAUACUAUGCACUAUUACUUCUCGAUGAGCCCGAAAAUAUAAUCAGAGAUGUACAAACUUCACACGAUUCUAUUCUUUCCAAUUUUAUUCGCUCAAUCGAACCGACUGAGUCAUUACUCAAAUUAUCCACCCGCCAUCCUCAAUUUGAUCUUCGGCAAAUCAAAUCAUUUGCAUUCCAUUUGAUAUAUUGGCGAAAAGCACGAAUCAUCCAACCAUUAUCUAGCCGCUCAGUAUACAUCAUUUCACCCAUGGCUCCAUUAACAACAAGACUCUAUGAAGAUAUAUUCGAAUUCAAUAAGAAAUUCCCCACAUUGCCAUCAUUACCACAUUUCUUGAAAUUGUUAUCGCCCAAAUCGCGAAAACCACAGCAAUUCGCGGCGAUAAUUCCAAGUCGCGAUCAUCGAGAUAGUUAUAUACGGGCAUUGGCAUGGUUGAAUCGAUUUGGAUACGCUACUCAACAAUUGACAUUCAUAUGGUUGAAGAUUUCUCGCAAGAUCAAAAUCAAAGUGGAGGAGGAUACUGAGAAUGAGAAUUUAACCAGACGGAAAACUAGCAAAUAUGUUGCUGAUGAAAAGGUUACGAAAAGCACUGAUAAUUCGUCAAAACAGGUGGCAAGCGCAGACAAUUCCAACUCCAAUGCUAAAACCGCCACCGCCACCUCUGAUACAGCAGCAGCAGCAGCAGCAGCAGCAGCAGGUGAUGCUGUGACAACUUCCACUAACACAGCCGUCAGUGCCAACACGGCGUCCAAAUCGGAUAUCGAAGGUACAAGCGGAUCCAAAUUGAACAAAUCCAAUCUCGAUUCAUUGAAAUACCACUUGAACAAAUCAUCCUCCACGGUCACGCUACUUGAAGACGAAGAUACCGUAAUCCUCGACCCAGGAAGAGCAUCCACAUUAGAACGCAAAUGGAUCAAUGAAAUCAUAUUUGAGGAGUGUAAAUUGAAUGCCGAGUUGACCGCCAUUUUCUACAAGUUGUUGAAGUACAUGAAUGGUGAAAGUCCAUUGGAAUUGUUGUUGUUGAAGGAUAACGUAUCAAGACUGGAAUUGAAGAAGCUUUUGCUUGCUAUUGAACCCCAUAUAAUUUCCGUAAAACACUGGUAA